AUGGGGAAACUCGGAUAUUCGUCCAAAGACUGCCACCUCUUGAUCAAGAUGGCGGAGAUAGGAUGCUCCUACCAGACGAACCGAGAGAUCGCUGUGGAGAUCAUUACGAUCCAUCACGUCUUGGGCAAGACCUGGCAAGUGAAGAUGGAGGAGCUUAUGGCAGAGCACCGCCAAGUGCCCGACGUGGUGGCGGAGCUUUCCCGUUUGGAGACGGAGAAGCGGCCAAGCGCGAAGCCCAAGGACACAAGCAAGAAGGGCAAGGACAAAGGCAAGAAGACGAGGUAG